AUGGUAUCCACGAGUUCAUCUGACCCUGGGUACGUAGAAAAACAACCUAAUUGCCAGAAUCUACCUGUAUCCCUUUAAAGAUUGACUUUAUGGAAAUAUUUAGAGGAGAAUGCUAUUAGUGGUAGAUGCAGGAUAAUAAUUUAUCUUCAUAAAGGCAAAAUAGCUUAAUGACUUCACAGAGCUCAGGGUUAUAGUUAAUGACCCAAUACAAUUGUUCUCAAUACAGGGACAGAGGAGUUGGAUAUACUGUAGACUGACAGUGUUUAAGAAUUCAGUCGCUUAUGAAUUGGCACCUUUAUUGUGAUAUAAUGGCACCUGUUAGCUGACUAAUCAGUAAUAUAGUCAUCAGGUUAGCUCAAUCAUUUAAAGUAUGAUGAACACACUGUAGGUGUGAAGAAAAUAAGAAGUGUUGAGUAUUUAACGAAAGGCAGAGUUAGCUGUUUUGAAGCUGUAGCUUGUAAGUAAAACAAAAAGUGGUAUGUAAAAACAAAAAAAGCUACAACGUAAAUAUUCAAAUGAUACUUGACACAGAAACACAGGUUUUUGUGAACUUCUCAGUUCAGUGUGUCAUCCACCUCAAUUAAUCUUCAUUUGAGCAGUGUUUUAAAUAGACAUGCACAUUGUCCCCUGUUUUCCAUUACCUGUCUAAAUGAGGUCCUUUCCUGGUAAGAAGAAAGAAUGAUCUCUUUCACAGCCUAAAUCCUAGUUUAAUAUUUAUACAUGUGUUCUGAUAAUGCCCAGAUAUAGAUCAAAGAGUGAAAGGAUCAAUACUUGGACUAGGUGAGGAAUAUAUGGCCUAUUUCCUUGGUUACUGUUGAUCAGUGAGGUAUAAUAUAAUCAGCACUAGGUCAGUAAGAUGGCAUGGUGGAACUCUACCAGGAAAGGUUGUAUAAGGCUUUUUUUUACUAGAAAACUCUCUUCAAUGUUUACAUGGAGAGUUGCUAGAUCAAGUUUGAGGGCACAAUGAAAAAGGCUCCAGUUUUUCGAAGAAGGCCGUCUAGAGAAACCUGCAAUGAAGGAAAGUACAACUCAAAGGACGUUCAACUUUUGUUGCCAAUGGGAAUAGGCAAUGCAUGUGUUAUGGUUGUAUAGCAUGUUAGGACAAAUGAAUCAAACUUUAUGGACGACUAGUGAAGCACACACAAAGGAAAACCCAGAAGGUUCUCUCCUCUUGGCUGUCACGGUUACAGUAAUCACAUUGCACAUGUGUUUUCACAAAGGCAUGCUAAUUUCUCAACAUCUGAUUUUGCCUUUCAUUUUGACUAAUCCUGUCUUCAUUACCGUAAAUUGAUGGAAAGUAUUUCUAAUAAUUAAUGAAUGUGAAUAUAAUUUGGACCAUCAUCAAAUCAAAUCAAAUGUAUUGGUCACAUACACAUGGUUAGCAGAUGUUAUUGCGACUGUAGUGAAAUGCUUGUGCUUCUAGUUCCGACAGUACAGCAAUGUCUAGCAAGUAAUAUCUAACAGUUCCACAACAAAUACCUAAUACACACAAAUCUAAGUAAAGAAAUGGAAUAAGAAUUUAUAAAUAUAUGGAUGAGCAAUGUCAUUGUCAGAGCGGCAUAGGCUAAGAUGCAAUAGAUAGUAUAGAAUACAGUAUAUACAUAUGAGAUGGGUAAUGCAAGAUAUGUAAACAUUAUUAAGUUGUGGUCCUCCCCAUCUGUGAUAGCAUAGCUUUUUACUGUAACUGGGUUUUUUUCAGCUGUGUUCCCUCUAGCAAAUCACAGUUCUCGUAAAUAAUCAGCCAACAAGAUAAUAAUGUGUUUUCACAGCAUGGGCCUGACAUUGUCACGGUCAUUCAGGUGCUGAUGGCCUCAGGCAAGGUGUGACCUAGCCUGUUUACUCAAACAUGGAGGGUUCUCUUCAACACAGAGGAACCUGAUGACGUUAAGCUGGCUUGUAAUAGAGAUGGUCGCUCACCAAUAAAAUCCUUUCCUAACCUAAACCCUUGUAAAAAGAGGCUAAACUAGAUCUAAUUAAAAUGGUUUACUUUACGUGCACUUCUGCCUAUAGGACUAUGUAUCUUUUUUCUUUUACUAGACACACUAACCUCACAAAUAUAUAUUUUUCAGGGGGAGGAACGGCACAGCAGCCCUUGUCAAAAUAAGUCCAGGCAUUGACCAGCAGCAGUGUAUCAUCGAUACCCACCACCUCACGACACACACCAUGGGCAGAGGAAAUCUCGGCCGGGGGGAGGGGAAGAAGAGGCUCAGCUACAUGCUGAAGGACGGUAGCUGCCCCGUGGUGUUCCACCAGUCCCCGGGCCAGUGGAGCUUCUUCCUGGCCGACAUCUUCACCACGCUAGUGGAGCUCCGCUGGAGGGUCAUGCUCCUCAUCUUCUGCCUCUCCUACAUCCUCUCCUGGCUCUUCUUUGGCCUCCUCUACUUCCUGAUUGCCUACGUCCACAAAGACCUGGAGGACCACGACACAGCACCGUGUGUGGCGAACGUCCGCAGUUUCACCUCCGCCUUCCUCUACUCCAUGUCGACCCAGGCGACUAUCGGAUACGGCUUCCGGGUGAUGACGGAGAACUGCAUGGUGGCCAUCGUGGUGGUGACAAUCCAAUCCCUGAUGAGCUGCUUCAUCGACACAGUCGUCAUCGGCAUCACCGUGGCCAAAAUGGCGUGCGCGAGCAAGAGGGCACAGACGGUGGGCUUCAGCAGCUGCGCCGUGGUCAACGUGCGCGAUGGUGCCCUGUGCCUUGUGUGGCGCAUCGCCGACUUCCGCAGGAACCACAUCCUGGACGGUACCGCCCGGGCACAGCUGGUCCGCCCCACGAAACACCCCUCUGGGAUGAUCUCUGUGACCUACCAGGACCUAGACAUCCAGAGUAGACACCUCAUCCUGGCCACCCCGGCCAGCAUUGUUCACAAGCUGGAGCCUGGGAGCCCCCUCUACAGCCUGGGACCAGACAGCCUGAGGGAGGAGGACUUUGACCUGGUGGUCUCCUUCACCUACACUGGGGACUCCACAGGCAUCCUGCACCAGACACGUACCUCUUACACACCAGCGGACAUCCGCUGGGGCCAGCGCUUCAGGACAUGGUACAGGUGGGGAGGAAGCACUACAAGGUAGACUAUGCCCUGUUCCAUCAGACCACCUGGGUGCAGACGCCCAUGGUCAGCGCCCAGGAGGGUGACAGGGGGAGACCGCCAACCACAGAGUCUAUCGUCCAAUCGCAGAAGCCGUUUGUGAGAUUGAGCAGGAAAUUCCAGAGGUCCUUGGCUGAUGUCAGUGAGGAGGUGGUUCAGGAGGCGUGGCUCUGAUGACGCUGUGAUAAUCCCCAAACAACAGAGACAGAUAACUACAUUGGGUAGAACAAGUAUUUGAUACACUGACGAU